UUGUCGCGAACAAAACAGUCCGCCGGACGGGAUCGCGAAUACUUUUGGGCAGUUUGUCUUUAAUUCGCGUUUUUCCUGCAAACGGACCGACCGACGGAAAGUGGGACUCUCUCUCUCUCUCCUUGGGACUUUGCUCGUCAAGUUUUGUGGCUUUGUCGCGGGGGAUGCGGCUUGCAAUCGUUUAAAAGAUACUUAUUCUACCGAAAUAAUUGGUUGUCUGUGCGGUGUUUACUGCGCGGCGCUUCAUGUAACGCAAAUAAAAGACUGGUUGCGAGGGUCGGUGUAUUUCUAAAAGUGUGGUCUUGAAAAAGACCACACCUGUAUACAAUUGGUCUUGGGGCUCAAGACUUGGAACGGGAAACUUGGCCAAUAUAAGAUGUAUAACAGCAUGAACUACAUUGGAAAGUUCAUCAGCAACUUCCGGGACUUCUACAAUGAGAUCAAUGCAGCUACACUCACUGGAGCCAUUGAUGUCGUGGUGGUGCAACAGCCUGAUGGCUCGUACACCUGUUCCCCAUUCCACGUGCGCUUUGGGAAGCUUGGUGUACUGCGCUCCAGAGAAAAGGUGGUUGAUAUUGAAAUAAAUGCUGAGCCCAGGCAGAUUCACAUGAAACUUGGUGACUCUGGGGAAGCAUUCUUUGUUGAAGAAGUGCCAGGAAUUGAUGGCUCACCCAGUGAUGCCGAUAUACCACCUUAUUUGGCUUGUUCGCCCAUCCCCAAUGACGUUGAAUGUUUUGGUAAUAGAAGAUUUAACGUUUUGUCUGAUCUACCUCAAGAGCAGCAUGAAAAAAUUCUCCGAGAUUCAGUAAUGUCUAUUGAGCGCGAAAAGUGGGAACAAAUGUCUGCUUUGCCUCCGGACCAAAGAGAAAGUUUCCUCAUAGAACAUUUCUCAGAUCUUCCUUUGGAGCAGCGUGAUAAAUGGCUCCAGAUUGCUUCUCUGACUACUGAGGAGAGAGACAAGAUAUUCCAAGAGUAUUACGGAUCGAUUUCUACCGUUCAGAAACAGCGUAUGAUCAGCGAGCAGUAUUCGGCUCUCAAGACGGAGGAUAAAGAGAGACUAUUUAAAGAAAACUUUCCAGAACUCCCGGCAGAACAGAGGCAGAGCUUUGAAAAGGCACUGUUGAGUGACUGGAAGAAAGACGAACCAACGCUGUCUUUUAAGAAGAGUAUGGAGGCUGCUGAAGAUGAUGAUGAAGAAGCUGAGGAGGAGGAAGACGAUGAUAGGGACAAGUCGUUGCGUUUCAACGAUGACGAGGAAAUCUUUGACAUGGACGGCGUGACUCCGGACGAAAAACCACAAACUCCGUUUGUCAAAAACCCUAAAUCUUUUGUUGCCGUCACUUCAUCGGAACGCAUUCGCAAGAUCAGCGUGGUCAACAACGAUUUUCGGCCGAUAAAUGAAACGAAUCCCAGCUAUAAAUUCGACGGUCAAAACAAGUUGGAUGAGAAAUCGACACUCGCAAGUCACAUACCCCUAUCAGCUUCGUCAACGUCUUCCGAUAAGCGUACGUCCAAGGAUGAAUCUACUACUGAUGAAACCAAAAGUAACAGCAACAGCUCGAAAAGAAAGAGGAAGAGAAAGAGCACGAUGAAACGGAAAGGCAUGCAGAGAAAAAUUAGCGCUAACAGUAAUGUAGAAACGACUUGUGCUAAUAAUAGUAAUCAGGCAAAAACGAUCGAGGUUCUACCUGCGAUCGAAAUAGAGAAAGUUUAUCCAGAUGAUGCUGAAUCAAAAGCUGCAUCUAAGGAUGAAAUAAGCAACAUUCCCGAGCAGAAACAGUUGAAUAAAAUCAACGUCAUUCACGCGUCAACUGACUUCCACUUCUUUAGCGAUACCGAAAUCACCACAACAAACAAAGAAUCAAGGCUAAGCUCGCCUGUGCAAUCCGACACCGAGUUCGAGGUGCACAAAAUCACACAGGAGAGCAAGGCUCAGGAAGACAAAGGACAGAGCUGGAGAUGGGGCGAGCUGCCUAGUCCACCGCACGACGGAACUCUCGAUGCUCACGGAAGGCCGUUGAACCCGGUAGACGCAACCGCAUCCAGCAAUGAAACAGCUGAUGCACGUCGCUCCAUGCUUGGCGGAAUGUUCUCGUUUAUGAAGAAAACGUCGCGCGUCAGGCAUAACCCGGAGUCCGAGGGCAUUUAUCUGAGCGAUUUGAAUGCCGACGAGCUGGACCCGGAAGUCGCCGCGCUCUACUUUCCUUCGUCCCAUCGUGGAGUAACGGGAGGUAACGUUAACAAAGAAAAAACUGCCGAUGAAGAAGAUACAGAAUCUGGCAACGGGCCGUCACUGCCUCAAAGUCCGAACAGCGUAGAGGGAGCGAUUGGUGGUCCUAAAUCGCUGGACAGUGACUUUGACGAGUCAUCGUCCAAGCACUUUGAGCCGAGUCUCGAGGUUUCCCUGUCUCUAUGCGGCAACCUCGACUCGGCCAACGAUGCUGAGCCCAGCGACGAGCUGUUCCAACGUCAUGCCGUUCGUUUUGAGGACGUAUGUUCCGAUGCCAAGUUGUUCGAGAAUCCAAAUCUCGUCGUUAAAAUUAAUGGCAAAUACUACAACUGGGGAUCCGCCUGUGCUGUCGUUAUGACCUAUACCACCUUUCAAAAGCAUUUACCGCACGAUGUACUCACGAAUUUUUACGAGGAUAGGAAGAGGUCGGCUAGCGACAGUAAAAUCGAUAGAAGCAAUGGAAGAGGCAUAUCUGGUGGUUACAGUUCCUGGUUCACUUGGAGAAGAUCUAGUCAACCUGUUAAAAAGUUGUCCGAUCUCGACAACGCUGUUGAAAUCGUCCAGAGUGAAUCGGUAGUUGCUUCCAAGGAAGAUGGCACUGAAAGUUACAAGACUACCAUUAUUAUUAAUGAUGAGGGUAACAAGGACUCCUCGUUGAAUGAGCAGAUGAAUACCAGUCUAGACAGCAUAGAAACUAGUCAGUCACUCGUUAGUUUUAGCGACGCAGUCGAUGAUAAUAAAUCCGAGCAGCAAAACUGCUUGAUCAACAAAGAAAUGGAUCGCGAGGGUUACUGCGCCGGCAAUGAGGAAGAUGACUCGGACGAGGACCAGCAGCAGCCAUGUGAUAACUCCGGAAUCGACAUUCCAUCUGUUUCUAACAACUCGAGCAAUCUGUCUGCUACCUCGAUCGCUACACCCAUCCCUAAGAGAGAAGGCACGCCGAGCUACAGAAAAACUUUAAGGCUAUCAUCCGAACAAAUUGCUAGUCUAAACUUAAAAGAGGGUACGAACGAGUGUGUAUUCAGCGUGACAACAGCUUACCAAGGAACUACCCGAUGUAAAUGCUUCAUCUACAAGUGGAAGUGGGAUGACAAGAUCGUCAUUUCGGACAUCGAUGGUACAAUCACCAAGUCCGACGUUCUUGGACACAUACUACCAAUAGUUGGUAAAGACUGGGCCCAAUCGGGUGUCGCACAGCUCUUUACAAAGAUCAAAAACAACGGCUACAAGCUUCUUUAUCUCUCGGCCAGAGCUAUCGGUCAAGCUCGAGUGACACGCGAAUAUCUCAAGAGUAUUCGGCAGGAUGAUCUUUCUCUUCCCGAUGGACCACUUCUGCUCAAUCCAACAAGUCUGAUCUCUGCAUUCCAUCGCGAAGUUAUCGAAAAGAAGCCCGAACAGUUCAAGAUCUCGUGUCUAAGUGACAUCAAAGCACUCUUUCCCGACGGCUCUCAGCCAUUCUAUGCUGGGUAUGGCAAUCGGAUCAAUGAUGUUUGGGCAUAUAGAGCUGUAGGUAUUCCGACGACUCGGAUAUUCACGAUUAAUCAUCGUGGCGAAUUGAAACAUGAACUGACUCAAACCUUCCAGUCGACAUAUUCAAACAUGAGUUAUAUUGUGGAUCAUGUGUUCCCGGCAAUACGGGAGGACGUAGCCGACGAGUUCAGCAACUUCUCCUAUUGGCGUGAGCCCAUCCUGGAUUUGGUGCAGCAUGAAAUGCUGGUCGGGCAAAAUUGAAUGACGAACGACGACUUUCGUUCGUUUAACACUUUGCGCUUAUGCCAACAUUUUUUUGUACUUUUGAUGUAUUGUGUAAGCGUUUAAUUAUAUCGUACAUAGGACUUUUUAGAGUCACAGAAACAAAUAUAUAUUAUGCAU